ACUAAAACUUUGUUGGAUAUUACUCCGAUGCUUUUGUGGAAAGACUGAGAAAAUCUGAAAAAAUCCUGAUGGCCUUAAAACCAUUUGAGCUGAAACAAAGAUAGCAACAAGCUAUGAGUAUUCGUGGCCAUAACAAGCAUAGCUCUUCUGGAAUGAUUCUCCUACCGAAUCUGGACGUUGUUACUUUAGGGAGUGUUUGGGAGGAUAAAAGCCGUUUCGCUAGUCUUAAUCGCAGGUUAUCAAGAUGGUUUGAAUCUCCUCGGUUGUCCACUGGCUCUGUUGGCAGCAAUGACCGGGCGUCGACAGCUACGCUGUCUGAUUGUUCAGACUUCGCAGAUGUCCAGAGGCCCGUAAGUGUUGUGUCCACCAUCUCAUCCGGGUCAGGUUCCUCUCGAGAAGACGUUCCUCUGUCAGGCAUCCCAUCCGCUGGUGCUCAUGUUGAGGACAACGUGGAUUUGGAGUUGAUGCCUGCUGGGAAUCCCAGAGAGACUCAGAAAUCUAGUCUGUUUCUCCUGCAAAAUAGCAGCAAUGUUGUGAACAGCAAUCAUAACUCUCAGCACUCUUCAAGUCCAUUUGCUGCAAAAACCAUGGCACCCAACCCUGGACUCACCUACCUGGACCGUGUGGUAAUGGAGAUCCUUGAGACGGAGCGAAUGUAUGUGAGAGAUCUGCGGAGUAUCGUAGAGGACUAUCUUGCUCACAUUAUAGACACUGGAGAUCUUCCUAUCGGGCCAGAUCAGGUUUGUGCUCUGUUCGGAAACAUAGAGGACAUCUAUGAAUUUAACAGCGAGCUGCUUCAGUCACUGGAUAUGUGUAACAAUGAUCCAGUGGCCAUCGCCAGAUGUUUUGUGCUUAAGCGUGAAGAUUUUGAAAUCUACACACAAUACUGCACCAACUAUCCAAACUCUGUGGCCGCUCUUACAGACUGCAUGAGAAACAAAACUCUGGCCAAGUUCUUCAGGGAACGGCAGGCGACUCUUAAAAGAACACUACCACUGGGAUCUUACCUGCUUAAGCCCGUCCAGAGGAUACUCAAAUAUCAUCUCUUGCUUCAGGAGAUUGCCAAGCACUUUGAUCAAGAAGAGGAAGGUUAUGAGAUGGUAGAGGAGGCCAUAUACACUAUGACCGGUGUGGCAUGGUAUAUAAACGACAUGAAAAGAAAGCACGAGCAUGCAGUCCGUCUCCAGGAGGUCCAGUCUCUACUAAUUAACUGGAAGGGAGUCGAUCUGACCACAUACGGAGAGUUGGUACUGGAGGGCAACUUUCGUGUCCAUCGUGCCAAGAACGAGCGUACACUCUUCCUCUUUGACCGCAUGCUCCUCAUCACUAAACGCAGAGGAGAACAUUACGUCUAUAAGGCCCAUAUCUCGUGUUCAACGCUAAUGUUGAUCGAGAGUGCCAAGGACUCUCUGUGCUUCAGUGUCACUCAUUACAAGCAUCCCAAGCAACCUCAUACUGUCCAGGCUAAGACGGUGGAGGAGAAAAAGUUAUGGGCUCAUCAUAUCAAACGACUCAUUCUGGAGAAUCAUCAGGCUCUCAUACCACAGAAGGCAAAGGAAGCAAUCUUGGAGAUGGAUUCUAUCUAUAAGAAAAAGUAUAGGUACAGCCCAGAGAGACUCAAAAAAUCAGUGUCGUGCCAAUUAGAUGAGUUUAAAAGCUCUACACAGGGCCGGAGACAGUCGGAAUCAUCCAAAGAUGUCUUGAAAACCAGUAAAGCAAUACUGAAGCACGCAGACAGUGAGGGGGCUUUGUCUGCUGACAUGAGGCCUUUAGAGGCCACGUCUAGCGUCAACUCUCUGGGCUCGAACAUAAGCGAUUCAGAGAGACCUGCUUUAGAGGAGGACUGCCUCGCGCACUUCAUUCCCAGCGAUAGUGAAGAAGCGGCCUGUAGCCUACCUUCUGUGAAGAGCAGGUUUAUCCAGGAGGAAGAAGCAGAAGGGGAGGGAAGUGAAUCUGAUGAAAUUCUUAUGGAGGACACCCAGGUAGCUGACUUUGCAAGCUCCAUGUUGGCUGCAAUUUCCUGUUGGCACUAUAGAGCCAAGGCUUUGCUUUCCAUGGGCUUCCCCACGGAUGAAGAGAGACAUGAGGUCGCUGAGAAUGGUCUGUCACUUAAACAGGAAGAGGUUCAAUUUACUGAUGACGUAAACUCAGAACAGAUCAACGAGGAUAAGUCACAGAACCUGAACUGUGGUUUAGGUUCCUCUGACUUUGGUUCAACUGAGAGAUUAAAGGUCGACACUUUGUGCGAUCCAGAAUCAUUACUGAUCGGUCAGGUCGUCACUGAUAUUGAUGAUUUAGAGUUAGCGGUGGACAAAGACGACCAGGAAGGUGCCAAAGAAGAGAUCGAAGAACCUUCACGUCUGAUACAGAAUGAUGAUACACCCGGCGAGUCUUCAGAGGAUGAGGAUGACUCAGAACAAAAAACAGACCCUAGCAGCAUCCUGCCAUCAUCUGUGCUUGACAAGGCCAGCAUCAUCGCUGAGCACUUUGUCGGCAGUGUACGUCGUAGUAGCGUCAGCACAGAUGAAGUACGCUCCAUUGGUUGCCCAUCUCCACGUCUUCUCAGCAGGACUGGGAGCACAUUAAGUCUGGGAGAAAGCCAUGAGCGUCCACUACGUCUGUCUAGCACCUGCUCUGAGACCCGUGCCAUUUCAUUGACCCAGGAGUCCUUUGAAUCAGCAGAUCUCACAGUUGUUUCUCCAAGGGAUGACUGUCUUUUUGAUUCGGAUCGAGGCAUCCACAGAAGAAGGGAUUCUGUGCUUUCCAGGCAAGACCAACUACUCAUUGACAAGAUUAGGAGCUACUACGAUAAUGCCGAAAACCAGGAUGCCACUUUUAGCCUGAAGCGCAGAGAAAGCCUCACAUACAUUCCAAGUGGGGUUGUGCGAAAUUCGGUUAGUCGUUUAAACAGCAUUCCUAAGGAUAAAAACCUUGCACAAGAAGAGAAGACCACCAAUUCAUAUAAAUUUUAUCGCGUCCAUACCCCAGCCAUUGAAUCUCCUUUGGUUACCUCAACUCUGUCAGAGCCUAAAACCAGUGCAAAUGUAUCGUCUCUGGAAAGAUCUGCUGUCAGUGCUUCUAGAGAUUUCACUGAGAUUGACAAAACCAGUGAUGUAGUAGAUGGUGCCAUGAAACCUCAGUCCACCGAUAUUCAGUUGGAUAAGGAGGUGUUCCGCUCCUCCUCUGAUAUGAUCAAGGUCUGGCAGGAUAUGGAAAGAGAGGCCACUAGAUGUCAAGAAGACUUCAAGGCAUUCAGAUCUAGAGAGACUCCUUAUUUUAGAGGGGCAAAUCUGAGCCUCCAAAGGAAUGGUAUGAAAGAAGGUGGUGAUAGACAAAUAAUACUUGAAGAUUCAGACCUUAGCACUAUAAGAGAGGAGUCUUCCACUCCAUCACCUCCUAAGGAGGUCUUGAACCGUGCAGCCAGUGAAAACGAUGCCAAUACAUUCAGACCUUGGGAGGAUGAAGGUAGACCCUUUAGACCUUUAGCCCCUCGAGUUGUCCAGUUGAGAGCAGAAGCUGAUACAGAGAAAGACUCAGGCCCUCAGUCUGCAGAAGAUGCAGAAUCUGCUCAAAACAAAGUCAUCCAUCUGGCAAGGAAAUACAGUCAGCGAAUCAAGUGCCCACAACCAGUGCUGCGAUACAGAAGUCAAGAUUUGGGGGAUUCACGCUUGGUCAAGAGGAACCUGCUAUCUGUGGUGGAAGAAAAACCAGAGGAGGCCAAAGGUAAACAAAACCUUAUGCUGUCCCUAACUGAAGAUGACCAGGCUGACGCAGACCAGAAGGACCAGGUUAUGACUUCCAGCCCAGACCACACUCCCAAUUCUAUCGAUAGCCCAAAGGUCUUGUCCCCACGACAGCCUCGCUCCAGGAGUCCUCUCAGUCCUACAACAUCUGAAAACUUCAACUGGCCAGAUGUCCGUGAGCUCUGUUCAAAAUAUGCUCAUUUGGGCGGCACGUCUCUGCAGCCACAAAUAAGCCAAAGGGGUUCCAGAAAGCGUUCCAGCUCUACUUCCACCUCUGUUGGCUUCUUAGACCCUUUAACUUUCCAAGGAAGGGAACUGGACGAUACGUUGAGUCGGACCCAGCGUGGUGGUUCUUUAGACCGUAAAUUGGGGGAUUUGCACCUGAGUGAGCUACAGAAUUUUCAAAGUAAACAUGCCAGCAGUGGUUACUAUGUCUCAGCUCAGGCUACCCUUCCCAAUGAGAAGAACAUUAUUGUGAUUGAGAAAGUUCCAACAACAAAGACCGUGCAGCCUACAUCAGGGUCAAAUAGACAGGAAAUGACGGAUGAAAUGGAUGACGGCUAUGUGCAAAUUCGUUCGCCGACUUCUCGUGAGAAGCUUUCAUACGUGGCUGUCUUUGACCGCUGCCGGGCCUUUCAGGAGUCAGAGGAGUAUCGUCUGAGAGAAGAGGAUGAAGGGUGUAGGGAAGAACAGUUGCCUAAGAUUGACGGACCCAAUGAGAAAGCUCCAUCCUCUUCUGAAAACUUGGGUGAGGCCCUUAAAAAUGCAGUGGAUUCUGGGAAAAAGGCGGACGCUAGUCAACAGAGCGUUGUCAAGAACCUCCGAGAAAAAUUCCAAAACCUAAGAUAGAGAAAGAAGAGUGUAUAUAUUUGUACAUAUUGGCUCCACUUUAUUUUAAAGACCCUGUUUUAUUUUCUUAAUAUAUUUGCUGUAAAAUAUCUUCACUUCAUGAUAUUUUUUAAGUCGUUUACCACUGAAAGCAUGAUGGUUAGCACAUACUGUACUGUAGCAGAAUAAAUUUGAUUUAAACUGUAAAAUUAAUAUACAUUAUAUUCGCUGUUUUACUUUGCUGACAUUAUGUAGUCGCCUACUGAUAUUGAAAAACUUACAUCUGAAUGUCAGGGCAUGUAAAUAGGAAUGUACAUGCAAUUUUUGUUUGUUUUACCAUUCACAUACUUGAUGUAGAAAAUCUAUAUUUAUUUGCUAGCUACUUUACUGUACAUAAUUGUUAAGGGAAAUAAUGAGCUCUCUCUUUUUUAAGGAUCUUAAAACCUUAAAACUUUUUUUCUGACAGCAUGCACUUGGUGUCCAAAGUUAUUAGACAAAAAGUUUUUUUUUUUAUAAUUUAUUCAUGGAUCACAAGAUAUAAUAUGUUUUGUAUAAAGUGUCUUGUAUAGCUAAAAAUCAUGAUUUCCUGAUGUCUGAAUUAGUGUCAAUUCUGUUACUGUCAGACUAAUGUAGUGUAACAGUGUUGACAGUCAUGUAUGUUUGUGUGAAAAAAGGAGAGAAAGAUUGUGUGUUUCAUUUUGUAUGACUGCCAACACUGUUACUCUCCCUUGUUAACAGAUUUUUAUGGUAAUAUAAUUGUAAAAUAAUGACUUUGGACCCAAAUGUAUCUGCAUUUACCGUAUAUAAUCACCCACAUCUUCAAAACAAUGUCACAAAGUUAAGGUUUUACUUACAAAGUGUAGUCUGUACUACAAUAUUAAUCCCUGGCAGAUUAUUUUAAAGUUUCAGUGUAACAAAGACCACUUUUUAUUUGUGCUUUGGCCCCUUUAUAUUUGAAUCAUCUCACAUUUGCUUCAGACUUUAAUUUGCAUUAAUAUUUUAAAGCAAGUAUUGUUUUCUUUUAACCUAAAUCUGAUCUUUGAAUAUGGCAUUCAUUUAAAUGAAUGAAAGUUAUUUUACCAUGUUUAAUUGUGGAGUUUAAAAAUGAACAUCUAGACAUCAUUUUGAAACACUUUUAACCACUUGAUUCAAGCUCAUACUGUACGUUGUGUGUCUUGUACUUUUCUACAUUUGUGCUCUCUGAUUCAUCAUCUUUUCUUGUCAUCUCUUUUGUGUUAUUUAUUAAGAUGCUGUAAAUGUCCAUACUGUACAUGUCUGGAAUCUUAUAAGCAACAGACUCUGUGUAAUCUGAAAGGGCUUUGUCUAUGCCCAGAAAUGCAACAGUCAUAGUUUAAGUUGACCAUUUGAUCAUUCCAUAAUUAAACCAAGACAACUUUAA